AAUCGCUACCGUCAUGGUGGCAGGAGCAGAAGGGGCAGCGAGCCUGAGCGCCUUCUCCCAUGCCGGAAGCGCUCCUGCCUUUCCUGGCAUGGACAGCAAGAUCGCGAUGAGAUCCAGUAAAUGUAGUGGACCGAUGAAACUUGUCUGCUCGCAAUCCAAUCAGGUCCCACGUCGAGCUGUGCUUGAUCUCGCGAUUUCAGGCGCGAUCCUCAGCUUCACUCCAGCUCAGGUUCGUGCUGAGUCUGAGAAAGAGGCCAAGGCAGCAGCACUUGGGAAGCAGAUGAAAGUCGUCGAGUUCACCAGAGUUAUCGAUACGGCCACAGACAAGGCGUUCAAGCUCGCUGAAAAGGGCAAGUUGAAGGAAGCUGAAGAGCAAUGGAGCAUCGUGAUCGACAAAUAUCGACAGGGUGGAGACGGCGUCGUCGUUUCACCGCAGGCUUUCUACAGACUUGGGUUGUCGCUCUCGAAGAGGGCGGAUAUCCGAGCCCAACUCGGAAAAUCGCUCAAGGACGAGAAGUACGCCAUGGCUGCCAUUCAAGACUAUCUUGACUCGAUCAAAAUCCAAGAUUCUCCGGAGAUUCGGGUGAAGCUAGGAACAACCUACAGCAUUUUGAACCGUUUCUCAGAAGCCGAAGAGCAGUUUUCGUCCAUCAUCGAUAAAGAUUUCGGAGCCGAGAUCAAGAGCAGGGCUCUGGUGAACAGAGGGCUUAUGUAUCAGCAGCAGUCCAAAUGGGAGUCAGCUGCCAAAGACUACCAGCUAGCGGUCGAGCUCACCAAGGGAUCGCCGGAGGCGCUCAAGAACUUGGCGAUCAUCAACUUUCAGAUCGGACAAGAGGAGAAGUCGCUCGAGAUGCUGAAGAAUCAAAAGAGCGGCAUGAUCCUUGGAGUCGUGGAAGGAGCCGAGGACGUUCCGGCAGCGCUGGCUGCGGUCAAGUUUGCAAUGGGGAAGGAGGAUGAGGCAAAGGCGGAUUUCGAGAAGGUACAAGAUCAAAGGUUCAAGGACAUCCGCUUUGUAAGGGAGGGCCGUCUCUGGCCCCCAAAACUUGUCGAUGCUCUGGCGCGUCUAAAGGAGGCUGCUGGUCAAUGAGGAGGAUGCUACUAAACGCUGCUGGAUGCUGUGGGAAUAAAGAGUACCGUGGCACCAC